AAGGAGCGAAGGAGGCGCCCGCUGGCCAUGGAGCAGCCUUGGCACCAGCAACGAGAGCCUAGCGUCGGAUAACGAGCGAGACUCCUGGCUACUCUUUUUCCGUCGAACGGGGAUCUAUUUUAGGCGCAGGGCAGGCUCCACCUUUUCCAAAGGGGGUCGGGAGUAUAAGUCUGAGGCGACUGCAGCCCCCUUCCCGCGCCUUCUGGAGCCCCCGGGUCUUUGGUUCGCGCUACUGAGGGCGAAGGGUCGGGUGUUUCAGUCGCCGCCUCAGCAUGUUGCUGACCAGGUCAUAGGCCAAAGGUGCUCUUCUCUGCAGCUUGGGGGGAUCCUUUUCUUCCACACUUUUCUCUCCCCAAGUUGCAGCGGCAACAUCUUCUACUGACCUGAUCAAAAUGACUGUCAAAGCAACCAGAAUGUCAUGCAUUACCCCAAAUGUUUAUACAAAAGUGCCUGAUGGAGGAUGGGGAUGGAUUGUGGCAUUCGCUUUCUUCUUUGUGGAGGCCUUGACGUAUGGCAUUAUCAAGUCCUUUGGAGUCUUCUUUACUGACUUAGUGGAAUGUUUUAAUGAAAGCAACAGCAGGAUAUCAUGGAUAAUCUCAAUAUGUGUAUUUGUACUUACGUUUACAGCUCCUCUUUCUACAAUUGUAGCUAAUCGUUUUGGUCACCGUCUGGUGGUGAUGAUUGGAGGGCUACUGGUCUGUAGUGGAAUGGUUGCCGCUUCGUUUGCACGCACACUAGUUGAAAUGUACAUCUCAAUUGGCAUAGUAUCGGGUUUAGGAUACUGUUUUGCCUUUCUUCCAACUGUUACCAUUCUCUCUCAGUACUUUGACAAAAAGCGCUCAUUGGUCACUGCCGUGGCUUCUACAGGAGAAUGCUUUGCUGUUUUUUCUUUUGCACCAGCUAUCACUGCUUCAAAGGAAUACUUUGGUUGGCGAGCCAGCCUCUUGUUUGUUGGUCUACUGCAGCUUGGAAUUGUUGCCUGUGGAUUGCUGCUGCGACCCAUCACAAUCAUAGCACAAGAAGUAGUGAAAGUAUCACCAGUCGAACAGCAAAGAGAGACAAAGUACAUGCUUGAAAAUGAACAGACACACACCUCAAUAGACUCCAUUGACUCGGGAGUAGAAAUAACUACCUCACCUCACAACAUACCUAGAGAUGCCAACUUGGAACUUAAAAGUGAAGAACCAAAGGAAAACACAGAGAUGUUCAUAGCUAGUAGUAGCAUUUCUACCAAGGAACCCAAACUCAAACUCCUAGACUUCUCUGUGUUGAAAGACUACGGCUUUAUAUGUUAUGCGCUUUUUGGUCUAUUUGCUACCUUGGGGUUCUUUGCUCCCUCGCUAUACAUAAUUCCCCUCAGCAUGAGCCUUGGCAUCAGCAAGGACCGCUCUGCUUACAUUCUCUCAGCGAUGGCAAUCGCUGAGGUCUUUGGUAGAAUCGGCGCUGGCUGGGUCCUCAACAGAAAGCCCAUCAGAAAAAUUUACAUUGAACUCAUUUGUGUCAUUCUGCUGGACGUUGCCCUUUUUGCCUUCCCUUUCGCCUACAAUUUUUGGGGGCUAAUGAUGUGUAGCGUUUUCUUUGGAUUCAUGCUCGGGACGGUAGCAGGCACACACAUUCCCAUGCUGGCUGAAGACGACGUUGUUGGCAUUGACAGGAUGGCAUCUGCUGCAGGGGUCUACGUAUUUAUUCAAAGCUUAUCAGGGUUGGCUGGACCACCCAUUGCAGGUGUACUAGUGGAUACCACAAAAAAUUACAGAUCUGCAUUCUAUUCCUGUGCUGCUGGAAUGCUGCUGGCUGCUGUAUUCCUUUCAUUGGUGAGGCCUUGCAAGAAUUUAACAUGUCAAAGAAACAAACGAUCAAUACAAAAGAAUGUCUCAGAGUCACUGCGGCACGUACCGGACGAUUUUAUAGAAAUUGAUUUUGGGAAAACGGAGGAUUCUGUAAAGGGCUGUGAUAGCAUAGCCUGAAUUUUAAAACAUUUAUAGAGAUUGGGGAAAAAUAAGUCAGCUCAAGUCCACCUUUUAAAAACUAACACAUUAAAGGGAAUGCAACACAAUAAAGGUGAACAUGUUAGCGGUCCUUUCAUAAAGACUGGUUAAUAUUAUCUACUAUUUGAAAACACCUGGCAUGUGAAGUUCCAUUGAUUAAUUCCAUGCCCGCACUCCUACCGAGCAUGAAGUUGUGAUCCAAAUGUUCUUAUUAAUGGGAAGCAGGCAAAGCAUAAUAUCUCAAUUCCAAAUCAUAGAUUGAAGAAGCAAGAUGUUAUGCUAAAGAAAAAUCAGCUAUGGCUUAUCUAAUUAAAAGCUAAAGUUUGCCAUGUUUUUUAUUGCCUUGGAGAAUCUCACACCAGAAAUGUUCCUCUCUUAAUUAACAACACAGGAAUAGUGCCACAAAAAAACCUAAUCUGAUGAAACAGUCUUGAGAUGUUUCUUUUCAUCAAAUAAGUAUAACUGCUAUGUGUUUUAAUUUUGGAGAACAGGUGUUAAAUUUAUACUUGGAACAGAUAGCCAAUUCUCCUUGUCCUGUUCAGCCUGACUUGGAUUGGAAUCCAGCAACCCCUUGGGAAGGAGUUAACUUUUGUCACUCACUAGAGAAUUAACAGUAGCUUUUGUGUGCUUUUU